AAACUCAAUGAACGUAACCUCUCCGUUUAUCCCUUGUCAACAUAUUCAUUGUCAAAGUGUUAUUCUUGUAGCCCAAUCUAAUUUUUAAUUUCUGAAAUGAUUAACAUUGAAUAAUAAAAAAAGUUAUGAAUGAACAGGAGUGGUAAUUUUUAUGCCUCUUACAAGCGGAAGUCUAUAACUCUGUGAUCAUUUAGUAGAAUUUGUAAACAUGGCGAACUCUCAUAGUCAUACGCGUUUCAGAAUACUGGAAAAGUGCCCGAAAACGUGAGGAUGGAAUUCUUUUCUAAUGUACAGUACUUCAAGUGAAUAUAAAAGAAGUUCAUUACCAAGUAAAAAAAAGGGCGAGCUCUUGAAUGGCCUAAUUUCGGACAUAAUGAGCAUUAGAAUAGUCUGUUAAGGAAUUUUGGCUUGGAGCAGGCCAAUUUUGUAUUCUAAGGGCUAAAGUCGUCGGCGCCAAUUCAAGUGAAUUGUACAGACUUACGCAUUGUCUUGUAGAUACGCCAACAGCUUGCAAUCGAUUUGUAUUCACUAGAAGUUACUGAGUAGUGUGUGGCGAAUUUUGGACAAAUAGACGUUUGCAGAUUAUGCUUAUGAGUUAAUUCAUUCGAGGUGUGGGUUCUUCUUUAUGUUUGUGGAUAGGAUAGCUGUUAAGCCGUGUAAUUACUACACCAAACACCGCUUAUUCACAAUGAAGGCUUUAGCUCAUGUUAGGUGGGAAGUGUGCAUCUAGUGACCGUGGGAUAUGGGUGGGUGGCAGUUUAUAUAGUGGUGUGGUGGCCUGCCAUGCAGUCGGAGCCAGGCCGAUACAUCAACUCAGUGUCUGACCUAUACGGCACGGACGAGAUUGAGGUUCUUUUGGAAGAGAUACGCGACCUGGAGCCUGCCAGCUGCAGACUGGAGGAUAUCCAGGACUUUGAGAUCGCUGGCAGCCAGACGGGGGUGGCCACCGCGGCAGAGAACGACUGUGAGUCCCCAGCUGUCACAGUCCGGUCCUGGGACUCCCAUGCCAACUAUCACCAUCAACUGCCUGGAUCUUCCCCGACUGCUUCACUUUUUUCUGGAGUGAUCCUGUACUGUGAUGAAUCUCAUCUAAAGUCAUCCACUGGAGUUGUACGGGUUCUUCUAGUGAUCUCAUCUGUUGCUUGCCUAGCUUGCCUCUGCUCCUCGGGGACAGUGAAGGCGGGACUGUUUAUGCUUCCGUUGAUCGGCCGCCUGCGCCUUAUGAUGUUUGUGACGGUGUUUAGCCUCCUCGUGACAUGUUUGUUCAUUUUUCUGGACAUAUCACACAUUGUUUAUUUCUUUCCAUUUAACUGGGGAAAGGUGAAUGCAUUUUUCUAUGUGAGUGUGAGUGUGCUGUAUGUCAUUGGUUCAUCGCUUGUUAUCCACCUCAUUCACAUGUACCACGAGUCCUAUUCCUGGGUCCCUAAGUGGACACGGGAUCAACUCCUAGUCACUGGAGUAAACUUCUACCAGACUACGUGGUGCUGCAACCCAGAAGGUAGCCAUCUUCAGAGUCCCCUUCUGUGUAAACGUGACAAGAUCUUGGGCUACCUGUGUGCGAUAGAAGCAUUAGUGCUCUCGAUCAUUACGAGGCACGGCUCGUUACAGUACAGUCCUGUGGACGAGGAUCCCAGUCAAGUGACUCAUCAGGAGCGACGAGACAGGGAACUACACCCCAUGACUAGGUCUCGGUCUCCCUCGUCCACAUCUUUGCAACUCCAAGUUCCUCCCACAAAAAAUCAGCUGCCCUCUCAGCAGCAGAAACAACAGCAUUGGGUUGCCCUAGCGUCCACUUCGGCUCCUGCGCCUAGAAUGUGGCCAGUGGACGAUGUCCAGCCGUGUUCUUCCAAAUAUCCGGACCCUUACACGGUCGCAUGAUAGUGCGCCAUGCCCUAGCUUGUUAAACCUUUGCGAUGGGUCACAGCUAUUCUGUGACCCUUAAGGCACCAUUGUCGCCACUGCCAGUAUGAUGAUAACGAUGCUGGGAGGAGGAUGUACUAUUUUAACGUUGUGGUCUUUUGCAAUUCUGGACAGGCCUGUGACAUGAUGAAUGAGGUUCUCAGUCUGUCACUUUGAAGUUUAGUGAUUUCUCUUUUUUGAGUGGGGCUUUGUGGUGUCGAGUAGGGGAAAUGUUUCUACAACUUGCGGGUAGAUAUAAUAUUGAUGAUGUAAAUUUUGUGCAUGUCACGUUUUUGUUCAUUCUUGAAUAUUAUUUUUUCAGUUUGUAGCUGUGAAAGAAAUUAACAACUUGAAUUUAUUUUCAUUUGUCAGUUCAUUACCAUUGAAAACAUUUUGUAAAGCCAAACUUUAAUGUCCAAUAUUAUACUUAAUGGCUGCUGUUUUAAACAUUUCAGAAAGUUUAUGUUGAUUCUGACAAAUAGUGUAAUAUCCCUCAUUAUCAGGCCAUGUUGACGAAAGGAAUGUAUGAUAUUGGCAACGAUGUUUGACAGGCUGCAGGUUGAAAAAUGUUAUGGAGGAUACGGAGCUUUUGUAUCUCUUUCAAUGUGCAAUAUCAAUGAAUUAGCAUGUCAUUGUAUUAAUCGUACUUUGCUGGAUCAAAUCAUUUGUUAUAUGAACUUUAAUGGAAAUAUAACUGCAGUCUAUGUACUUUCCCAUCAAAACUCUGAAUUAUGAUGUUACCAUGCAAAACAGAUAUGGAUGAGGCAUAAAACAUUUGCACAAAGAUGAAAUGAAAGUAACUUGUUUUGUUCCUAGAUUAGUGGCAGGCCUGCCUAGAAUUGCUUUGACCUUGACACGGGUAACAAAUUGCGGUGUUGGCAUUAGCAACACUGGUGUUAAUAGAAAAUGGUUGUUGAAACAAAUGUCAGAUAACUAUUGUGGAAUGCUGGAUGUAAGUCCUAGAGGGAGUUUUAAGAAAUGCAAUUUGUGUUCUCUGAACGUUGUGUCCCUCGCAGACAGACAAAUGAGUCUUUGCAUUGUUCUUAGUCUUGUUGCUACAUUGAACCCAUAGUCACUUUCAUUUGCUUUAUUGGCUGAACUGUGUGUGCCAUUCUUUGGAUUUAUAUUAAAAAUAAAUCAAGUUGGCAGUCCUGUUCAGAGAUCUUCAUACUGUAAAAGGGUCUUGGAUGUUAUGUGUAUGCUCAAAAGACAGAUUAUUUUAGUAUUUUUGGUUUAUAAACCUGUUAUUAGUCUUA